AUGAGAUCAAUCAUUCUGAUUUCUAUCCUCUGGUCUCUGUCCGUCCAUUCAGUCCCCGUUCCCGCCCCUGCCCCUGCAAUUCUCAGCGGUAGGAGCGAAUAUCAAAUCCGUAGAUUAUCUCUACUCGAUAAAAGAGGUACCGCCGAUUCCGGCGUGGACGGCGAUAUAGUAUGGGAGCGUUCCGACCAUCAAGAGAAAGAUCGAGCGAGCGAUGGUGGAAUAUUCGCAUAUGGUGAUUCCAGGUUCUACGGAAGUAUGGGAUCGUCCAAACUCAAUUCGCCAGAACAUGGGACAAGUAUGAAAAAGGACUUAGAGUUGGUUGACAGAGAUGAUGCUGUUGAGACUAAUGUUAGAAAAGGAUUUAUAACUGUGGAUGUCAUACUUGAGGAUACCGGUGUGUCUGAGAAGCUCAGAUGUAUCAUCAAUAUUCAAAUUCUAAUUGUCGUAUUUGAUCAAGAACAAGAUCCCGCUUUUGAUGCUCGACGAAGAUCCGAGGAAGGCUCAUGUCUAACAUGUGCCAAGAGAGAUGCAGGUACCGUCGUCGAAGCUCAGGAUCAAACUCCAGCUUUUGACGUUCGUUCCAUAAGUAAUUCAUCUGUAGCCUGCGUCAGAGAUUCUGUUGGAAGUAUCGAAAAUACCGGAUCGGAAUCUGACAACGUAUUCGUACAUUGGUCUCAACAGUCCACAGAGAACGAUCCAGUCCAGGCACAAGGAUUCGAUUGUAGUGGAAGAAAAAGAAGUCCGGAUGUUGAUACGGAAGAUGACGUGAUUUUGUGGAUAUCAUCCUCCCAACAUGAUUGGAGUAAGCGAUCUUCGGACAAGGAGAGAAGGAUGGAAAGAGCGAAUGAUAAAGCCUCUGAGGAUCAUAUUGAUGAGGGUAUCGUUUGGGACGGCGAACCAUUUGUUUCAGUUCCUGAUUGGGAUAAACGAGGUGGUCAUUUUUCGGGAGAAUCAACUGAACGGGGUAAGAGAGAUUCCGAGCCCGCGAAUGGAGGCAUCACUGGACAGAGAAGAGACGUCGAAUGA